CAAACAAUUUCGGAUGCUACGUACGCAAAACACCAACUCCCCUAGCACUUUUCAAUCGAGGAUAAAUUGAAUGAAGGUUCCGAGUGCUAAGUUUCAGUGGUUGACUUGUGGUGAGGGCUCUCUGUGCAUAGUCGGUAAUCAUGCGUCUUGUGUUUUGGGUAGGGGUAACGUUACUUUUCGUCUCCAGUAUAGAAGGAACACCACAAAUGUAUGAAAGACAAGCUAAACUACGAGAGCAGCUGACGGUUUAUGAAAUCGUAACUCCCACUCGAGUGACUGAGUCCGGGGAACCUUUCCCAAACACGAUGCACUUUAGAAGAAGAAAGCGAAGCGUUGAUGCCGAUCUCUGGGCCUUGGUAACCCACUACAGAAUUAGUGCAUUUGGGCAAUUUUUUCACCUUAAUUUAACUGCCGAUUCUGGAUUUAUUGCACCUAUAUUUACCGUUAUACACCUUGGAAUACAAGCUAAUCUUACAAACUUCCAUGAAGAGGACACUGACACGAAGCACUGCUUCUACACAGGACAUGUCAAUGCUAAACCAGAACACACAGCUGUGAUUAGCCUCUGUUCCGGACUCCUUGGCACCUUCAGGUCUCAUGAUGGGGAGUAUUUUGUUGAACCUCUUGUUCUGCCUGAUGGGGAAGAAUAUGAUGAAGAGCACAAUAAACCUCAUAUUGUGUACAAACAAGAUGCACUGAAGACUAAAGCAGCAAGGGAAGUCACUGAUAUAUGUGGCAACUCAGGUCAUAAAAAUAGCCAAAAUAAAAACAAGUGGAAUAAAGGACUAUCCAGCAAUACUUUGUCUGAUCUGGAAAGCCUCAGAAAUAGUGUUGCAAUGCACAAUUUAGCUAGCAUGGAUAACAAAACCACUGGAGCAGGAAGGCACAAACGAACAAAACGUUUUUUGUCAUAUCCCCGAUAUGUUGAGGUUAUGGUUGUUGCUGAUAGCAGAAUGGUUGAACAUCAUGGAGCAAACUUACAACAUUAUGUUCUCACUUUAAUGUCCAUUGUGGCCACUAUCUAUAAAGAUCCAAGUAUUGGAAAUCUUAUAAAUAUAGUAGUUGUGAAAUUAGUUGUUAUAAAUAGCGAACAGGAUGGUCCAUUUAUAUCAUUCAAUGCUCAAACAACAUUAAAAAACUUCUGUAUAUGGCAACAAAAACAGAAUAAUGCAGAUGAAAAUCACCAUUCUCAUCAUGAUACAGCAGUACUUAUCACAAGGCAAGACAUUUGCAGAGCUCGUGACAAAUGUGAUACAUUGGGUUUGGCAGAACUUGGAACCGUAUGUGAUCCUUAUAGAAGUUGCUCCAUCAGUGAAGAUAAUGGAUUAAGUACUGCUUUCACAAUAGCCCAUGAACUUGGGCAUGUGUUUAAUAUGCCUCAUGAUGACAGUAAUAAGUGCAAAGAGGAUGGAGGCAAAAAUCAGCAACAUGUGAUGGCACCUACACUGAACUAUUACACCAAUCCCUGGAUGUGGUCGAAAUGUAGCAGAAGAUAUGUUACUAAUUUUUUAGAUACAGGAUAUGGUGAAUGUUUACUUGAUGAACCUGUGACAAGAACAUAUACACUCCCUCAUCAGCUCCCUGGUCAAAUUUAUAAUGUUGACAAACAAUGUGAACUGAUUUUUGGAUCUGGCUCUCAGGUGUGCCCCUACAUGACACAAUGCAGACGCCUUUGGUGUACAAGUACUGAAGGAGUUCAAAGAGGCUGUAGAACUCAGCAUAUGCCAUGGGCAGAUGGAACAGAGUGUGAACCUGGAAAGCACUGCAAACAUGGUGUCUGCAUUGUAAAGGAUCCCACAGAAUUUGCUGCAGUAGAUGGAACAUGGGGACCUUGGAGUCCAUUUGGUUCCUGUUCCAGAACCUGUGGAGGUGGCAUUAAGAAUGCAGUUAGAGAAUGCAACAAACCAGAGCCACGAAAUGGAGGAAAAUAUUGUGUUGGCCGAAGAAUGAAAUUCCGAUCAUGCAAUACAGAACAUUGUCCAAAGCAAGAGAAGGACUUCAGAGGAGAGCAGUGCACACAGUUUGAUGGAAAACAUUUCAAUAUUAAUGGCCUACCUCCAAAUGUACGAUGGGUUCCCAAGUACAGUGGAAUUUUGAUGAAAGAUCGCUGCAAGUUGUUCUGCAGAGUGGCUGGAACCACAGUCUACUAUCAGCUCAGGGACAGAGUUAUUGAUGGCACUCUUUGUGGGCCAGACACCAAUGAUGUGUGUGUGCAAGGACUUUGCCGGCAAGCUGGAUGUGAUCAUGUAUUGAAUUCAAAAGCACGAAGAGAUAAGUGUGGUGUUUGUGGUGGUGACAAUUCUUCAUGCAAAACAUUAGCAGGCACAUUUAAUACUGUCCACUAUGGGUAUAAUGUGGUUGUACGAAUACCAAUUGGUGCUACAAACAUUGAUGUGCGACAGCACAGUUAUUCAGGGAAGCCAGAAGAUGACAACUAUCUUGCUUUGGCUAACAGUCGUGGCGAAUUCCUUUUAAAUGGAGAUUUUGUGGUCAGCAUGUUUAAAAGGGAAAUUAAAGUUAGAGGAGCUGUAAUUGAGUAUAGUGGGUCAGAUAAUGGAGUGGAAAGGAUCAACUGUACGGAUCGGAUUGAAGAAGAGCUAAUAGUUCAGGUUUUGUCUGUGGGAAAUCUAUACAAUCCCGAUGUACGAUAUUCAUUCAACAUUCCGAUUGAAGAUAAGGCACAACGUUUCUUUUGGGAUCAGUUUGGUCCUUGGCAGGAUUGCAACAGGCUUUGCCAAGGUGAAAGGAAAAGAAGACCUAUUUGUACCAGAGAAAGUGAUCGGUUGGUUGUCUCUGAUCAAAGAUGCGAUCAAAUUCCACGCCCAGCUCCAAUUACUGAAUCAUGCAAUACAGAAUGUGAAAUAAGAUGGCAUAUUGCUAGAAAAAGUGAAUGUACAGCCCAGUGUGGUCCUGGGUAUCGGACUUUGGAUUUCUACUGUGCAAAAUAUAGUAGAUCAGAUGGGAAGACAGAAAAAAUAGACGAGAGGUACUGCAGCUAUCAAGCAAAACCAGAUAAUAAGGAAGCCUGCCGUGGAGACUGCAAUGCAGGAGGGUGGCAGUAUUCAUCGUGGUCUGAGUGUUCAAAGAGCUGCGGUGGAGGUACAAGAAGGCGAAAUGCAGUUUGUGUCAAUGCUAUGGGAACGGUUCUUGGAGACAACAAAUGCAGUCAACAAGAAAAAAUGAUUAUCCAGCGAUGCAAUGAAUAUACAUGUCCAGUGUGGAAAACAGGUGAAUGGUCAGAGUGCUUAGUGACAUGUGGGAAGGGAUUCAAGCAUCGUCAAACCUGGUGCCAAGUUGGAGAAGAACAAUUGGAUAAUGGGUUUUGUAACUCUGCAACAAAACCAGAGUCAGCCCAAGCUUGUCAACAACAGGAGUGUGCAGCAUGGCAAGUUGGUCCAUGGGGACAGUGCACAGCCACAUGUGGGACGGGCUAUCAGAUGCGAGCUGUAAGAUGUGUUGCAGGCUCAUAUGGCACAAUUGUCAAUGACAAUGAAUGCAAUGCUGCCACCAGGCCUAGAGAUACACAGGACUGUGAAAUAACUUCUUGCCCUGAUGUACAUCCAGAUGGAAGGGACGAAAGAAUACCCAAUCAAAUGACCUACACAACUAAGUGGCGAUUUGGAUCUUGGACUCCAUGCUCUGCUACCUGUGGAAAAGGUACAAAAGAGCGAUAUGUUAGCUGUCGAGACCUCCAUGGUGCUGUGGCUGAUGAGUCGGCUUGCAUGCAUCUUCCAAAACCACCAUCUAGAGAAGAAUGUGUUGUUAUCCCAUGUGGUCGUUGGAAGACUCGUGAAUGGACACAGUGUUCAGUGACCUGUGGCCAAGGUAAAGCAACACGUCAUGUGAUUUGCAUGAAUUACAAGAAUCAGAUUGUUAGUGAGAGUGAGUGUGACCCUGAUGAUCAGCCUCGAACUGAACAAGAGUGCUCCAUGCCAUCUUGUAGUCAUCGACACAACAGUCACCUAUUUCCUCGUUCCAAGAUGUUGCCCACACAUGGUGACCCAGAUUAUACCCAACUCCGAGGAAGUCAGUGGAGAACUGGACCUUGGGGAGCAUGUUCUAGUACUUGUGCUGGAGGGUUCCAACGGCGUGUUGUGGUUUGCCAGAAUGAAGAUGGUUAUGAUGCCAGUAAUUGUGCUGAGCAGGCUAAGCCUGUUGAAAUUAGGUCCUGUGAAUCUGGUCCUUGUCCUCAGUGGAUCUAUGGCAACUGGGGAGAGUGCACCCAGGUCUGUGGUGGGGGAGCAAGAACAAGACUAGUUAUUUGUCAGCUUCCAAACGGCCAAAGGCUAAAUGAUCAGAACUGUGAAAUUCUUGACAAACCUCCUGACCGUGAACAAUGCAAUACUCGAGCUUGUCCUACAGAUGAUGUCUGGCACAGAGGUCGUUGGAGCUCGUGCUCCAUUUCCUGUGGGAAAGGAAAUAAGUAUCGUCCUGUUUACUGCAUGAAUAAAGAAGGAAAGGAAGUAGAGGAAGAAAAUUGCAAACAUCUGGAGAAACCUAAAUCACAGAAACGAUGUCGAGGAGGUAGAUGUCCCAAAUGGAAAAUAGGAGAAUGGACCCAGUGUUCGGCCUUAUGUGGAAAUGGAAUUCAGCAACGAGACGUCUUCUGCCAGAUCUCAAACCAGAGCAUUGAAGAUUCUCAGUGCAGUCAAUCUACUAAACCUGCUUCAGUUCAGCACUGUCAAAGUGGAGUAUGUUUGCUUUACAGCUGGCAAGUUGAAGACUGGGAAAAAUGCAGUGCAACCUGUGGUACCGGAACAAGACGUCGUAAAGUAACUUGUAUCAACCAGAAUUCAGAAGAAGUACAUAGUAUUGAAUGUGAUGCAAGCAAAAGGCCAUUAAGUGUGGAGCAGUGCAAUAGUCAACCUUGUGAAUACAUCUGGAUUACAGGAGAGUGGUCUGAGUGCUCAGUUACUUGUGGAAAUGGCUACCAACAAAGACUUGUUUCCUGCAGUGAGGUUUACAAUGGUAAGGACCUCUAUGAAUAUGGCUACUAUCACCAGAUUACAACUAACUGCCCUGGGACACAGCCGCCAAACAUCCGAGCCUGCUCUCUUGGUGAAUGUCCUGUUACUGCUUCAUGGCGGGUUGGAAAUUGGGGAAGUUGUUCGGCAACUUGUGGAAUAGGAAUCAUGCAACGCUCAGUGUACUGUUUAACAAUCGAUGGACAUUUAAGCAAUUCAUGUAGUUCAGACAUUAAGCCAGAAGAGAGGAGAACAUGCCAAAAUGGAAAAUGUGAAUUUCCAGAAAGCUGUAGAGAUGUGCAGCGAUUGAAAGGAUUCAUCGAAGAUGGUGAUUAUGUUCUUAAUGUUCAAGGGAAGCAAGUAAAGAUAUAUUGUGCCGAUAUGCUGUCAGACAGCCCCAGAGAGUACAUUACACUGACAAGUGGUGAUUUCGAAAAUUUUUCAGAAGUUUAUGGCUACAGGUUACAUAAUCCUGCUGAAUGUCCAUAUAAUGGAACUAGAAGAGAUGACUGUCAGUGCAGAAGAGAUUAUUUAGCUGCUGGGUAUUCUACUUUCAGAAAAGUUAGACUGGACAUCAACACACUACAAAUAAUAACAACAGACUUGUACUUUGCACAGACACUUGAAGGACGAUCAGUUCCAUUUGCCACAGCUGGAGACUGUUACAGUGCUGCCAGAUGUCCACAGGGUCAAUUUAGUAUUAAUCUCUCUGGAACAGGACUUCGAGUAUCUGAAUCUACUAGAUGGAUAUCACAAGGAAAUUAUGCUGUUGUAGAAAUACAACGAUUGAUGAAUGGCGCCAAGGUGACUGGGAAAUGUGGAGGUUAUUGUGGAAAGUGCAUCCCAUAUUCUGGAACAGGACUACAUGUACAAUUGCUUUAG